UUUGUUAUUAUUCUUUCGAAUUUGUAGAAACUUUUACUUUUGGACUAUUUAGCGCAGCAGGUUUAGAAAUAAAUAAUUUGUCAUGGAUGAUGCGGAACUUACAAGGUUAGCAAUAGCUGAAAUAGUGCGCGAAAUGGGCGAAAUAAAAGAGCCUGAUGUACAGGAGCGCAAGAUAAAUCCGAUAGCAAAGCCAAACAAGCGAUUCCUUGGACGUACGCUGAAUUCAGUGUUGUCACAUAACAAACGUAAAAAUGACAGAACUCAGGAGAAUUGCAGAAGAAAGUUGAAAGAACUCGAUGAGAGGCGAGAAAAAAUUAAUAGAUUGAAUUCUAGAAGUCGAUCAGGCAGUUUGGAGCUUGUAUUGAGUAGCUCCUCAGACGAACACGAUUCCAAGAAAGUAAGGAAACAAAAACAACACGACAGGAAACUUCGAAAUAAUAAGCACAAAAAACUUAAAAAGAGGAAACAUAAAAGUAAGAAAAAAAGACGUGCCAGAAGCAGCAGUGGUAGCAGCAGUGAUGAGAGUAGUAGUGAAAAUAGCUGUAAUACAAGCAGCAGCACCUGCCGAAGUAAGAAAAGUAAAUUACGGAAGAAAUCUAAAUCUAAAAAGUGUAAGGUUCUGCAAACAGAAAAGAACACAAAUGAAUUUGAUACAGAAGAGGUCUACUAUGAACCAGAUAUAAAUGCUGCCAUGGAAUUUGGUGCUGCCAUGGAAUUUGAUGCUGCCUUAAUGGCCAAUAAUUACAGGCAUCAUCAAAUGCAACAACUGUUAUAUUAUAACGCUUUGAUGGCUGGUCACCAAGCCACCGAAAUCGAGGCCUUAAAAGAGGAAUUACAAAUAAGUGACGCCGAAGUAACUGAGACCCAAAAAGAAAAGGCGUCGAUUUGUAGUGCGGUGUCAUCAUUAAAUCUAAAUGAAAGUGAUUCCGACGGUAGUGAGAUGCUACAGAUAAGUCUAUCAUCCGCCACAUCCAGUAGCAGUGAAACUAAAGGCGACAAAAGUAUAAAAAACAAGAAGGUGAAAAGAAAAGAUCUGGAGGAGCGAAUACCUAGUGAUAGUUCGGAUGCAGUUAUAUGGGAAUUAGACUCGGAUAGUUCUAACGGUGAUAAAAUGUCAGAUAUAAAAGGUGGAUCAGAAAAGCAAACAGAAAAUGAGGACUGUGUUUGUAUAACAUCCGAAUCUGAGACAAGCACAGGUGAUGACAGUGAGUCGGAAAGUUCAACUAACGAAGAAGAUUCCGCAAGUGCAAAUGUUACAAAUGCAAAUAACAAUGUUUGUCACGCUGAACCGGAAACUGUUACACUACUCAGCUCGUCUGAUAGUGAGGUCGAAAUUAUAAAUAUGAAUGGCGCUGAUGAGUCUGUACAACAAUUAACCGACUCAGUUAUGGCAGCAACAACAACUCAGCCGACAGAUUCAACGCCAGCAUUAGUGCAACAAAUGAGUUUAGUGUUACCUGUACCUGAGACUAAUUCAAUUUCACUGCCAAAGGACAGUCUUUCAACAGUUAUAGACGAUUUGGUUGUUACAGUGCCUGAUAAGGCUUCCAACUUGUCAGUUGAAGUAGACUCAUUAGUAACUGCUACUGAAUGUUUAUCUCCGCCAAUAAAAGUUGAUGAAGCGGGAAGUGUAACGCCAAUAUGUAUAGUGCAAGAACAACAAGACUCAAUGAAGGAAACUGAUAAACUAGAAGCCACUAACAGUACAUCACUCACUUUUAUAGCACCCGCGAGCCGUAUUACUGAAGCACUGCGUAAAACAAAUUCAAGCGAAGUGACGACUGCUGAUAAAGAUAUUCAGACAGCGGCAUUGAAAUUGAAAAUUGAUUCACUGGAAGCCGAUGAUAGGAAAUCACUAACAGUUGAAGCACCCAACCACCCUAUUACCGACGCACAGUGUGGAUCUAGUUCAAGUGCCAUGACAACAGCUGAUACAGAUGUUGGGACAACGACAUUGAAUUUUGAUUCACUGAAAGCCAGCAACAGUACACCACUCACAUUUGUAACAUCUACAAACCCAAAUACUGAAGAACGGUGUGAAAUGAAUUCAAGUGGUAUGACUACUGUUGGCACACACGUUGAGGCAUUGGAAUCGAUAUCGGAAAUUGGAUUGAGCAAUAAGGUUGCUAAUGUGGCCUUAAAGGAGUCAGUAGACGAAAUACCAACAAAUGCAUCAACUUCAUCACCAACUGAUCGGUCAGUAAGUUCAAUGCCUACAUUAUCACCGCUAAUACCUCAAAGUACAAUAGGUAAUACGGAAUUGCAUUUAGUUCAAAUUCAAAAUCAGUGGGAAAUUACUGAGUCCGAGACAGUAAAUGAGCAAAUGUCUUGAUAGUACUUUUAGGCUCCCCAGUUUUUGAACAACAUACAUACAUAUGUAUAACAGAAAUUAUUGAAUUUCCUUUUGUGUGUCAAAUAAUUUUUAACAAUUUCAAUGUGAAUUUUGCAACAUAUAUCUAUUAAUUAUAAGAACGGAUCUGAUUAUAUCAUAUUUUUAUUUUAUUAUUAUUUUUAUUUUCAAUAAAACGGUUGUUCAAGUUACUGCGAUUAUACAGUUAAGGGAAAUGUACGAGCGGCGCAAGGUCAUUGUAGUUAAUUGCUUCCUACGUUGUAAUUAUUAAGUUUCAUGUAUGUAUGUAUWUUAAUAUAAUUAUAGCACAAUUGUUUAUAUAUGAAUUUAAAGAAUAAA